AGGAGAAACACAUCGGUAAGAACACCAUCGCCUAUCACCAGAAAUCACCGAGAGGCUCCUUUUAUGUUAUGUGAGAUUUGCUUUGAUAGCUUGAAGCAGAGGCGUGAAGAUAAUCCUCCGAUUGCACCACCUUUCGGGACUCAGGCACAAAUUGAUCUGCUCCAAGUUUCCUUCGCACGGAUUUUCUUUAGCAAUUAAUAAUUGGUGGCAACAACAGACACAAAAGAGGAGGGGAAAAAGUAAUUUCUAGACAUUAAAGAAGAAAUUAUGGCCGAGGCAUUUGCUAGCUCCGUUGCGUCGAAACUAGGUGAGUGCCUGUUUGCUCCCAUUGGACGCCAAUUUGGGUACGUGCUGCACUACAUGAGCUACGUCGAAGAUCUCAAAAAUGAAGUUGAGAAGCUGGAGGCUGCUAGGGAAAGGGUGCAGCACUCUGUCGAUGAAGCCUUGUAUGAUGGAAAACCUAUACACACUGAUAUUAAGAAUUGGUUGGAAAACGUGGAGAAUAAGGCUAAGGACGCACGAGACUUGUUAAAACAUGGUGGAAGUGCAAAAAAUGCUUGCUUCCGUGGGUGGCUUCCCAACCCCAUGGUGCGCCAUCCUAUUGGCAAGAAGGUGAAGAAGAUGACUCAAGUCAUUCGGGAACUCCAUAAUGAAAGUGAAAAUAAUAACUUCCAGAAGGUCUACUAUGAGAAUCCUCCGAUAGGAAUUGUCGUUGCUACCACUUCCGCUGCAAGAUCUGUUGACAAGAAAGAAGAUGUCCUGGAGUCGAGGGCUUCAAUCACAGAGGAUGUAAUGAAGGCUAUAAUUGAUGACAAAAUCUGUGUGGUUGGGGUGUAUGGACCAGGUGGGGUUGGCAAGUCCAAGCUUUUGGAGGACAUACAAAAGCAAGUUAAGAAAGAGAAGCAAUUUGAUGUGGUUGCCACAGCAAAUGUAUCACGCAAUCCAGAUUUAAAAACAAUCCAAGGAGAAAUUGCUGAUGCUCUAGGCCUAAAGCUAAUGAAUGUGGAAACUGCUCGUGGGAGAGCCGAUCGUUUGCGUGAGAGGUUAGAGUGUGACCGAGAGAAAAAAAUUCUCAUAAUUUUGGAUAAUUUGUGGAAGAAGCUAGAAUUGAAAGAUGUUGGAAUUCCUUGUGGUGAUGGUAAUAAAGUGAGAGGUUGCAAGCUAUUGCUAUCAUCUAGAAACAGAGAAGUUUUACGCAUUGACAUGGUCUCUGACCAAGAAUUCCGCCUCAAGGAGUUGGACGAUGGGGAAGCAAGAAGACUUUUUGAAAGGAUAUUGGGGAACAUAAUUUAUGAUCCUGAGAUUAGACCCCUGGUAGAUGGAGUGGUCAAGAAUUGCGGAGGCUUCCCACUUUUUAUAAUUUCAUUGGCAAAAAGGUUGAGGAGCGGAAAUUUGGCUGCAUGGAGGAAUGCUUUGACGAUAGCAGGGUCUGAUUUAAAAUCACUCGUGGAACUAAACUACAAAAACUUAAAAGACGAGAGGAUCCAAUCCUUGUUCUUGGUUUGUGCUCUAUCACAUGGAUGGGAAGAGGUGGAUAUCUUGGUCUAUGGCUUGGGUUUGGGUUUAUUUAACAAUUUCAGCAAGACCAUCGGAGACGCUAGAGAUAGGUUGAACAUGGAUCUAGAUUGUCUAUGCAACUCUUCUUUAUUACUAGAUAGUGAUAAUUCUAGCAAAAAGAUAUAG